UUUCACUCCCACCUAACCCCCCCUCUCCCUUCAUUUUUCUCUCUUCACCCUCCAAUCCCCAUUUUCUCUACCUUAUAUUAACACAUUUCCCCAAUCUUUCUUUUCCACCACUCUCAUCAAUUUCACUUCUUUUCUUUUUUAUUUCUCCUUCCUUUCAUCACCUUCAUUUUUCUUAACCAAACAAACACCUUCAAACCAUUUCACUUAGAAAAGAAAAAAAAAACCAACAUAAAUCAAAAUGUUGUCAGUAGCUCCUUCCGUUGAUGCCAAACAGACCACAGAAGUGUCUGCUUCUGUCACCAAACUUAACACACAGCAACAAGAGCCUACUGAUUUUAAUCAUAAUCAUAAUCAUGAUCGUGAUGAUAAUACUAAUUCUAUUAUUUCUUCCCAAAAUAACCUUAUUUUCAAAUCUAAAUUACCAGAUAUACCACUCUCUAACCACCUCCCACUUCACACCUACUGCUUCGAAAAACUACCCGAAAUCACCGAUCGUCCUUGUCUCAUCGUUGCUUCCACCGGAAAAAUCUACACCUAUGGUGAAGCUCAUCUCCUCUCUCGUAAAAUCGCUGCCGGUAUGUCAAAACUCGGAAUCCAAAAAGGCGAUGUAAUCAUGAUUCUCCUCCAAAAUUCAGCGGAAUUCGUUCUCUCUUUCAUCGCCGCUUCAAUGAUCGGCGCCGUCGCAACCACCGCUAAUCCGUUUUACACAGCCGCUGAACUCUUCAAACAACUAACCGUUUGCAAGACGAAGCUGAUCAUCACGCAAGCAAUGUACGUUGAUAAACUCAAACAGAACGAAGAGAACGGUGAAUUCGACUUCAAGAUAAUAACCGUCGACGAACCGCCGGUGAAUUGUCUCCAUUUCUCGGUGAUUUCCGAAGGAAAUGAAGAGGAAUUGCUGGAAGUGGAGAUCGAUCCGGAAGACGCGGUGGCUCUUCCGUUUUCUUCCGGAACAACGGGAUUACCUAAAGGAGUUAUUCUAACGCACAAGAGUUUAACAACGAGUGUUGCUCAACAAGUCGACGGAGAGAAUCCGAAUCUGUAUUUAACAACAGAAGAUGUACUUCUAUGCGUUCUUCCGUUGUUUCACAUAUUCUCUCUCAACAGUGUGCUAUUGUGCGCACUGAGAGCAGGGAGUGCGGUUCUGUUAAUGCACAAAUUCGAGAUCGGAACAUUGCUUGAUGUAAUACAGAAACACAGAGUGACGGUGGCGAUGGUCGUUCCUCCGUUAGUUUUGGCGUUAGCGAAGAAUCCAUCGGUGGCGGAGUUUGACCUUAGUUCAAUACGGUUGGUGCUUUCCGGAGCUGCACCGUUAGGGAAGGAACUCGAAGAAGCUCUCCAUAACAGAAUUCCUCAGGCCGUUUUGGGACAGGGGUACGGUAUGACAGAGGCAGGGCCAGUACUGUCCAUGUCUUUGAGCUUUGCAAAGCAGCCACUCCCAACAAAGUCAGGCUCAUGUGGCACUGUUGUAAGAAAUGCAGAGCUCAAAGUUCUAGACCCUGAAACUGGUCACUCUCUUGGUUAUAAUCAACCUGGUGAAAUCUGCAUCAGAGGCCAACAAAUCAUGAAAGGAUAUUUGAACGAUGAGAAUGCAACAAAAACUACUAUUGAUGAGGAGGGUUGGCUUCAUACUGGUGAUGUUGGCUAUAUAGACGACGAUGAUGAGAUUUUCAUUGUUGACAGGGUGAAGGAACUUAUCAAGUUCAAAGGCUUCCAAGUGCCCCCUGCUGAACUUGAAGGACUUCUAGUAAGCCAUCCAUCUAUUGCAGAUGCUGCUGUUGUCCCUCAAAAGGAUGUUGCUGCUGGUGAAGUUCCAGUUGCCUUUGUGGUAAGAUCAAAUGGAUUUGAUCUAACUGAAGAGGCUGUGAAGGAGUUUAUAUCCAAACAGGUGGUGUUUUAUAAAAGACUGCACAAAGUUUAUUUCAUUCAUGCAAUUCCUAAGUCUCCUGCAGGAAAGAUAUUGAGGAAAGACCUGAGAGCAAAACUAGAAAACGCCACCCAAACUAUUUAGAGGCUAGAAGCUUUUUCAUUCUUUUUUGCCAAUAUCUUCCUUAUUUGUUCAUUUGUAAUCCUACUAGCUCUCACGGUAUAAAGCCAAUCCAAGAAGUUGUUGUAUGUACACAUUGUAUUUUUUAUGCUCAUUGCCUAAGCUGAUCUCUGUUGUUAGUUGUACUUGUAAUUUGAUUUGAAAGACAUUGUUAAUUACUAUCAAUCUUUGUAGUUCUUGUUCUUCAAAAAGAAUAAAAAAACUGUGUACUUCCUUCAUUGGAAUUUGGAAACAA